AUGGUGCUUCGGAAACAGCCUCCUCCUCGCUUGGACGACCUUGGCAAGUGGAAUGCUCGUUCUGAGUCGAAUUCACCAACUUCCUCCAAAUCUCCAAUCUUUCAUCGUCGGGCUCGUCUGAAUCCGAUUCACUCCGAGGAUUCUAUAUACUCCCCAGACCUCAACACAUCACCAGCUUUCGACCUUAUGCCGCUCGAGGAUGCACAGAGGUCCCCGGUGGGAUCGCCAUCCAGCCACAUGUCAACCUCUUGGGCCGAGGCUGCAGAAGACCACCCAGCCACCCUCGACGGGCCAUACUCGGCUGGCACGGCAGAAACCAAGAAGGAAUGGCUCCCUCAAAAGAGCCCGCUGAGAUCACGAAGUACCAAUGACAAUACAAUGGGAGAUCAGUUUCAAUCAAAAAAUCCGUUCUUGAAACGUAAGCCGGUAGCCGCUAGAACGAAUUCGUCAGACACGAAUGAUUGGAAGGAUCGCAAUUCACAAAUCACCACAAAUGGUGAUGGUCUGAGCCCAUCGGAGGGAUUCAUUCCCAUGACAGCCCGUUUAUCAUUGUUGGAUGAGCCUGAAGAGUCCUCUUGGGAGCGCUCUAUACCUCAGGUUAAACCCCCAAUUCCAGAUUACCAAACAUAUGAACUAUCCCCGUCUGAAUCGCAACAUUCGAUUAAAAUCUCAGCACCCAGAGAAAUUUAUCUAGAGGGACAAGCCAAUACUUAUGCCCCAGCCGUUGUGGUUCAGCCCUCUGAACAAUCGGAUACAUAUGGCCCGCUGCCAUCAUACGGUCAUGAUAUAUUAGGAUCAGAGGCUGGAAGUCGUGCAGUUUCAGCGGUAUCGAGUGGGACUUCAGCCACUUCUCAUGAGCUAAUAGACCUGGAUACUCAUAGCAACCUGGGCGUGGAAACAGGGACUCAAAUUGUUGUACCGUCAAUACUCUCAUCAGAUGGUGUUAGCAGAAAUGGCCAAAAUAUAUCAUCUGGGCUUUUGUCACAUUCAUCACUACUUGAUAACCAACAAUUUCGACCUCCUUCAAUACAGCGCCCGAAACUCUCACCCGCAGAUGAAGCCAGGCAACGAGAACAACGAUCAGAAACAUAUUCGAUUCGGCAAAUCAAUUGGACUGAUCGGACUGGAAACCUGAUUCAGUCACCCAUCUUGGUCCAAAACGAAAACGGACCGUGCCCACUACUUGCGCUCAUUAAUGCAUUGGUGCUGCGUGCCGACUCCAACUCCCAGUCGCCGAUUGUCAGAGCCCUGAGCACACGAGAACAAAUAUCCUUGGGAUUGCUGAUUGAAGCUCUUUUUGAGGAACUGAUAACUUGCCUUGGCCCUGACCAGGAGUUUCCUGAUAUUGAGGACCUGUCACAAUUUCUCACCAUGCUACAUACGGGGAUGAAUGUAAAUCCCAGUCUUACUUUGGAGUCUGCGGAUUCUCUCGGCACGUUUCUUCAAACCUCGGAUCUUCGCCUGUACAGUACAUUCGGCGUACCUAUUAUCCAUGGAUGGAUUUCUUCAUGGUCAAGCCCUGCACACGCUGCAAUGACCCGAGCUGGUAAUUUUCAUGAAGAUAUCCAACUCUUACCUUUUCGCAAGCAAGAACUCGAAGAUCGCAUUAUGAGAGGGGAGUCUUUGACAACCGAGGAAGAGCAGCAGAUGGCAGACAUUCAGGAAAUCCAAGGUUUCGUCGAAUUUGAGAAUGCAACUCAAUUAAGUCCGUUCGGAUUGACACAGCUGAGCACGCGGCUGGCCCCGGGCUCAGUCUCUAUCCUUUUCCGGAAUGAUCAUUUCUCUACUCUCUACAAGCAUCCUCAAUCUCACCAACUCUAUACGCUGGUCACAGACGCUGGGUACGCUGAACACGCUGAAGUUGUAUGGGAGUCUCUCGUAGAUGUCACUGGCUUUAAUGCUGAGUUUCUUUCUGGUGAUUUCCGUGUCGUUAGCCACGGCCCAUCAGGCUCAGAUGCACCCGCCGGCCCUCGAACAUCAAGUGUGGCGGCAACGCUGGACCCAGUUGCGGCAGCUGCCGAGACUGAACAAGGACGCUUAUCGCCUCAAGAGCAGGCAGAUGCAGAUUAUGCAUAUGCACUAUCGCUUCAAUUCCAAGAGGAAGAGGAGCGUGAGCGAACAGAAAAUGAAAAUGGAAACGGGAACCAGGAAAGCCCGCAAACAUCUGGUCCGCGUGCUUCACCACCAACUAGACCUCCCCGCCCUCCUCGUAAUGAGCACUCUCCUACCAUGCCUCCUCGCCCUCGCAAUCAGCCCUCUCCUGCUAUGACCAGCCCUCAUGUUCGGUCCUCAAGCACUCCAAAUAACGUUGGCUCCUAUUCAGCACCCCAAAUGCACAUAAAUCCAGAUGAUGAUCAUAAUGCCCCGCCCCCUCCUUAUGAACAGGCUACCAGUGGUCCACGUUAUUCACCUCCCGACAGACGGCCCCAAUAUGGCAACGCAGCUCGAGAUCAGUAUGCAGAAAAUGGAAACCGACACUCGCAACAACAACACCCGCAACAGCAGCGAUAUCAGAAUCAGAAUCGACCUGACAAUCCUGAUCGAAAUUCAGAUCGCGACCGCAGAAACUCGAAAGACUGUAUCGUGAUGUGA